AUGUACGACCCCGAGCGCGGCUGGAGCGUGUCCUUCGCGGGCUGCGGCUUCCUGGGCUUCUACCACAUCGGCGCCACCCUGUGCCUGAGCGAGCGCGCCCCGCACCUGCUCCGCGACGCGCGCAUGCUCUUCGGCUCCUCGGGCGGGGCGCUGCACUGCGUCGGCGUGCUCGCCGGGAUCCCGCUGGACCAGACUCUGCAGAUCCUCUUGGACAUGAUCCAGAUGGUCAAGAGACGGAACCUUGGCGUCCUCCAUCCGUCCUUCAACCUGAGCAAGUGCAUCAAAGAUGGUCUCCACAAACACCUCCCAGCCAAUAUCCACCAAAUCGUCUCCGGCAAAAUGUGCGUGUCGCUCACCAGAGUGCCUGAUGGGGAAAAUGUGCUGGUGUCAGAUUUUCAGUCGAAAGAUGAAGUCGUGGAUGCCCUGCUGUGCUCCUGCUUCAUCCCUUUCUUCUGCGGCUUCUUCCCUCCUUCCUUCAGAGGUGUGCGAUACGUGGAUGGAGGAUUGAGUGACAACAUACCGUACAUUGAUUCCAAAACGACUAUCACCGUGUGCCCCUACUAUGGCGAACAUGACAUCUGCCCUAAAGUCAAGUCCACGAACUUUCUUCACAUGAACUUUGGCAACCUCAGUCUACGCAUCUGCUCGGGGAACACCUUUCUUCUAUCCAGGACAUUCCUCCCCCCAGAUAUCAAGGUGCACGCAGAGAUCUGCUUUCGCGGAUAUUUAGACGCCUUAAGGUUCUUGGAAGAGAAGGGCAUCUGUAACAAGCCCCAGCCGUGCCUAAAUUUAUCCUCAGAAGAGGUGGAGUCGGAGGUUGCCGUGCCCAGCUGGGAAAACAAGAGCCCAGAGUCUUCCCCAGGGCCGGUGGCCGCGGAGCUAGGGCCUGAGAAGCAGAAGCUGCUGGAGCACCUGCGCCUCAGCAUCCUGCCCUGGGAUGACAGCAUCCUGGAGACCCUCUCGCCCAAGCUCACCACAGUAAUGACUGGAGCAAUGAAACAGAGAGAUGGAUACAUGAGCAAGAUCUGUAGCUUCUUACCCAUCAGGAUACUGUCCUACGUGAUGCUGCCCUGUACCCUGCCCGUGGAAUCUGCCAUUGCCUUUAUCCAGAGACUGGUGAUGUGGUUUCCAGACAUCCCUAAUGACAUCCAGUGGCUGCAAGGGGUGACCCCUCAGAUUUGUGCUCAAAUGAUGAUGUAUCUAUUCCCCGCUUCCAGACCCCGAGUGUCAGCGAGCUGCAGGCAGGCGUCCCCACCCAGACUGGAACAUAGCUGGACUCCCUACUCCCCUGGUGAACCAGAUACCCACCCUGUGGACUGUCCAGUGGGGGCCAAAGCUGAGGCCACCCAGCAGUCCAUCUUCAAGUCCAGCCCGACCUACUUCUUGGGCAAUGAAGUAUCUGCUGGGGCAGAGGCAUGCUCUGCAGACCCUACUUUUCCAAUCGAAAAGAGUCACUGAAUC